CACACAUCAACAACCUCUGUCCUACAAUAUCCUGCUCUCAAACCAGACUCGUCUACAUCUUCUUCCCUCACACUACACACUCAGAAAGCUACACACGAAUCAGAGCUAUGCAUCGUCGCUCUUUGCGCCUCUACCUACCCACCAAGUUUACCCCUCUCUAACCGCCACAUCGCCUCGAUCUUGAGAGCAGCGUCUCUCUUCCAACUCGCACAUGUCUGACGAGGAAGAUACCCUCUCAUGGGAUCUCGACUCUGCUAUCAGCCUCCUCAAGAACCUCUCGCUCAAAUCUCGUGAUCCUUCUGUUGCGCCUCAGCUUCUCCAUCCUAGCUCCGAUGGAGACAAAAGCCAUGAGAACAACAAUGUGUCACUCGGUGACUUCACCAGUCUUUGGAACUUUCUUGGUCGCCCUUAUACGGCAGACGAAGAGCAGGUGUCGGGAUUGGUCAAAUACGAAGUCAAUAACGAGCCCGUCGCUGAACUAGAUCUCAACCAGCUGAACAAAGGUGUUCGGUGGCGAGAUGAAGUGGACGGUGCAGAUCUAGAAGAUAAUGUCGAACCUGUUAAGGUCACGGCUGCAUAUAUACGCAACAAAAAACGGGCAGAGAGAAGAGCAAGAGCAAAAGAAAGAGUUGAGAAAUUAGCUGCUCAACAAAAAUCUACAUCAGACACAACCGAUCUCGAAUCUGGCGAAGAACUCGAGUCGCUGCGUAGGUCGCCAGACCGAAGAGCCGUUAUUGACGACAUCCUCGGUCGAACGAGACCAUCUCUCCGCGACAGUUCUCCGCCAACGUCGCCAUCACCACCAAAAGCAGAAAUCAGAACACCUAAACGUGACUACCCAGUCUCGCACCCAUUCCUUUGGACUGCUCCGGGCGUCCCAUCCACAUCUAAGCGUAGUGCCAUCGCUCCACGCGACGGCCGUUCUUCUCAAGAACGUAAACGAGCACUCAUUUCCGAGUUAGCGCGCCAGUUCCCCGAAGUGAAGAAAUACCUGAAGAACUCGGGCCUUCUCGAACCUGCCUUUACGCCCUUGAACGUCUCAAACAUUGGCAUCCACGUCUUCGUCGACAUCUCCAACAUCUCGAUAGGCUUCCACGACUGCUUGAAAUUAGCACGUGGCAUGCCGCGCGAGACACGCCUGAAGCGUGUUCCUCUGUCCUUCCACAAUUUCUCUCUCGUGCUCGAGCGAGGCCGCCCAGCCGCCAAGCGCGUGCUGGUUGGAUCGGACAAAUACGCCGCGAUCCAACAGGCCAAGAGCAUCGGCUAUGAGACCAACAUCCUCGAACGCGUGCACAAGGCCAAGGAGCUGACGCCGCGACAGCGGAAGUACCAUUCCACCGGGGAGACGAGCGGUUCUGAAACGAACACCUCUUCUUUCCAAAUGCUAGGCCCGUCGACGCCGACGCCGACGCACGCGGCCGAGAAAUGGGUCGAACAGGCUGUGGACGAAAUUCUGCACCUGAAGAUCCUCGAGUCGCUGAUCGACGCCGAGAAGCCGAGCACGAUCGUCCUGGCCACGGGCGACGCCGCCGAGGCGGAAUACUCGGGCGGGUUUCUCAGAAUGGUCGAGCGCGCCCUUGAGAAAGGGUGGAGCGUGGAGUUGGUCAGUUUCAAGAUGAACACGAGUAGUCUGUACAAGAGGAAGGAGUUCCGGGCCAAGUGGGGGCCGAUGUUUAAAUGGGUCGAGUUGGAUCCGUAUGUCGAGUUUUUGAUCGACGAGGAAGAUGACUACUAGCUUUACGAGGAUUUGCCUCACUAACCUCAGUUCUGGGCUUCGGCUGGGCGGGGGCAGGGCAGGGAAAGGGCUUGGGCCAUGUCCGGUCUGAUCCUGGGUUCGAUAAGAUCCUUCAUGGAAAGCAGAGUUCGAGUUUGACGUCGAGUCACGCGUCGAGUCACGGGUUUGAGUCUCAACAUGUUCUCUUGCCGCGACAUCUGCUGGACUACACGAUUGAUCGAGACCAUCCACGAGUACACAGAAGAGUUGCUGGAGGUGCAAAGCUGGACUAAGCUAUUGAUCAACCGUCCACGUGUACACAGGAGAGUUGCUGGGGUGCGAAGCUGAAGAGAAGAUACGUCUGAGUACACAGAAGAGUUGCUGGGGAUGGCAAAGCUGAAGAGAAGAGAAGAUACGUCUGAGUGAAACAGAAGCAGACUCUGUUCGUCGAAGAACAGUUCUGGUACCAGCUUACUUUAUCCAGAGUGGUAUAAGUACAGCGAGGUCAUGAGCCUUUGUCGGUGUUCUGCUCUGCUCGGUUUUUCCCUCAGAGUAUAUGUACCUAGGUAUAUCUCUGCAUCUGCAGUCUACCAGUGCCAUCUGAACUGUGCUGCUAGCGUAUAUAAGGUAGCGAGCUGAAUGGAAUGGAAGGCGAAGGCGAAG